AAUCCCCAUGUGCACGCCAACAGCAAGAGACAAUUAUGAGAGGCUCUCGUUUGCGGGUCAGACGUUACCUCCAGGAUUCCCCUCACCCUUCCUCUUCCCUGAUGGCCUGUCAUCUAUAGAGACCCUUCUGACUAACAUCCAGGGUUUGCUGAAGGUGGCAAUUGAUAACGCUCGUGCUCAGGAGAAACAAGUGCAGCUGGAGAAGACGGAGCUGAAGAUGGAGCUGUUUAGAGAGCGAGAGCUCAGAGAAACCCUAGAGAAACAACUGGCUGUUGAGCAGAAGAACAGAGCGAUCAUUCAGAAGCGAUUGAAGAAGGAAAAGAAAGCAAAGAGGAAAUUGCAGGAGGCGCUGGAGUAUGAGUCAAAACGGCGAGAGCAGGCAGAGCAAUCCCUGAAACAGGCCUCACCCACAGAAAGUCUCAGAUCACUCAAUGACUCGUUGACCCAGGAGAUAGAGACUGACCGCAGCAGUGGCAGAACAGAUGCUGAGAGGACAAUACAAGCAGAUGGAAGACUUUUUCUGAAAACCACAGUGAUGUACUAAGAGCAUGGCGUUGAAGACUGGCGGCGUGUAUCUUAUGAAGAUUCUCCAGAGUCCCUUUGCAGGGUAAUUUAGUUACAGAAACAGGUCAAUCGCUCAUAGAGGUGCAUCAAGAUUUUAUGCUUGGCCCGAUGUGGAAGAUGGAUUGUGUCCGAAUGUAGUAUUAGGACUCUUUUUCUCACUGAUAUAAACGUUAUAUUAUGCCAGAUGUGGGAUUGGAUAUGAUAAGCUGGCGAAGGCGACAAUUUGAGCACAGUAAAAUGUAUCGUUUGGUACACCUGGUGAUAAUAUUUACAACAAAUUCACAGCACUGAAGAUUUUUUAUACUGUAUUUAAACCAGCGAGAAAGCUUUGAAAAUUAAAUCUGAUUCAGAGGUUUUGUUUUGUAUUAAAAAAGAGAAAAAAAUAAACAUAAAUCCUUAAUGUCAUUACUAUUUGCCAAGAUGUUAAAGAUCCAAACUUGGAGAAGAACCUCUGAAAAUGUGAAUUUGAAUAUAUGUUGAUCAACAGAAAAAACUAAUAGUUGCUUUUAAUGUUUUCUAAACUAGAAGAAAAAACAAUCAAGUUUCAUUUCUAUCAUUAUUGUAUAUACAAGAACAGAAGAUAGGUUAAUUCACUCACUUUGGUAUUUGUAUAUAAUGUUAAAAGUUGGUAUUGUGUAUGCAGUAGAUCUAUUAGGAGAACAAUACCAACGUUUAUAUUGAAUUUAUAGAUUUGUUUUGUUUCUGAGCCAUCAUUCUUUCAAUUCGCUGCCACUAUGGUGAGGAAGCAUGCAGGCAUGUAAAUGUGUUGUCCUUAAUUCAUGUUAUUCAAUAAAUACUUAACUGUGCUGAACAAAUGUACUUAGGGUUUAUUCACUCACACCCAGUAAAAGUAGAUGAACACUAUUAUCUUUUUAACAGCUAUAUUUUCAAUUUGCAGUGACAUGAAUCUAAUUCUUGUAUGGCUUGAAUCUCAAGUUUAUGGAAAAGUUGUACAGAUUGCCAAAUGUUACCGAUCAUCAUUACACUCAAUUUGAUGUAUUACUUUUAGUGAUAGGCCCCUUUAAAUAAUAAGUAUUUAAUGUAUCAUAUUAUAAUUAUUUAUUAUUCUGGUCAAUACAUGCAACAGGUUCCCACUGGAAAGUUGCAGACAAAAUAGUGUUAGACCAUUUCUUAAUCUGAGAUAAAAAGUGAAGA